AUGCCUGCUGCUGAGAUCAUAUGCCUGCCUGAGCUGGGAAAGAUGUUGGGAGCAAAUGAGCAACCACAGAUGGUGGAGUUCGUGAUACAGCAGGACACAACUGUGAAGACGCUGAGGGAAAAGUUGAAGGAAUAUGGCCUGCAGACAAGCGGGAAGAAAGCUGACCUGAUUGAGUGUUUGCAUGAGUAUGCUGCUGAUGACACGAGCUGGAGACUUGCUACAUAG